UCUGUGCUGACAGAGGAGCCAGGACCUCGAGCUCUGAGAUGCUACUACCCCUGCUGCUGCUGUGGAUGCAGGGAGAAGGGCAGUGGGGGUUGGGAAGAGCUGCACCUCGUUUAUCCUCAAAGUGCCCACCUGAGAUUUCAAUCCACAGGCUAGAGGUGGCCAGGUCAGCGAGCAUCCAGGAGGGCCAGUGCGGCCUUGUGCUCUGCAGAUACCCCACCUCUAAAGUGACCUCAAGGACUGUCUAUGGCUACUGGUUUCAGGAAGGGGCCGAUACAAGACACGACUCCCCAGUGGCCACAAACGACCCCCAACGCCAAGUACAGGAGAGAACUCAGGGCCGGUUCCACCUGCUCUUGGACGCACAGACCAAGAACUGCUCCCUGCACAUCAGAGAUGCACAGAAGGGUGACAGUGGCUCAUACUUCUUUCGGGAGGACUCAGGAAGUGUACAAUGGAGUUACUGUGCAGACCCAGUCUCUGUGGAAGUGACAGCCCUGACCCACACCCCUGUAAUCCUCAUCCCUGGGAUCCUCAUGCCUGGCCGCCCCAGCAACCUGACCUGCUCUGUGCCCUGGGCCUGUAAGCAGGGGACACCCCCCAUCUUCUCCUGGAGGUCACCUGCCUUCACCUCGCUGGGUCCCAGGACCACCCACUCUUCUGUGCUUACCCUGAGCCCCCAGCCUGAGGACCAUGGCACCUACCUCACCUGUCAGGUGAUGUUCCCUGCAGUUGGUGUGACUGUGGAGCAGACUGUGCAGCUCAACCUCACUGGAAAAUCAGAGCCCAUGGCAGAGGCGGUGCUGCUGGCCAUCACAGGGAUGUCUGUCAAGAUCCUGCUUCUUGGGAUCUGCCUAAUUUUCCUGAGAGUGAAGUCCCAAAGCAUGAGAGUGGAAAGUACAGCCGCAGACAUGAACCACGUUACAGGCUAGUCUCUCAGCACCAGCCUCCAGGAUGUGUUUGCAGACACACUCAGGGUACACUUCCUGCACAGCCUGAACAGCUGGG